AUGCUGGGACUUGUAGUCCCCACGCUCACAUCUCGAAGCAAAGCCUCGAGGCAGCCGGCAGAAGAAACUUCUCUUAUUGGCCCUCACCCGCUGCAAGCGCGCUCUGGACCUCAACGCGAGCGGAAAAGAUUGACCCGAGGAAGCUCCCGUCUCAGCCGGGUGGGGAUGAUGACGACCGGGAGACGGUCCUCCGAGAGGGGGACGCUCCUCCUUCCCCCGCCGGAGCCGCUCCAUUUCCUAUUGGUAGGCUGAGAUGCCCGUCCUUCCAGAGAGGCCGCCCUCGGCAGGAUCGCGGCUUCCCAUUGGCCGGCGGAGUGGAGGGCGGGCGGGAGUGGGGGAGGGGGCGGAGACCGCUGCCGCCUCAGUCGCCGCCGCCUCUUCAGCCGAGAAUCCCGCUCCGGCCCCGGCCCCGGCCCCGGCCCGGCUCCGGCUUCCUACUCGCUGCUGCCACCACCGCUGCCGCCCCCGGGCUGUCCGCUGCAGGUGACUAGCUCCGGGACAGCGCCGCCCGGAGCCGCCGGCGCCGCGUCAUGUCCACCGAGGACGAGCGGGCCCGGGAGAUCCUGAGGGGCUUCAAGCUGAAUUGGAUGAACCUUCGGGAUGCUGAAACAGGAAAGAUCCUUUGGCAGGGAACGGAAGACCUGUCUGUCCCUGGUGUGGAGCAUGAAGCUCGGGUCCCCAAGAAAAUCCUCAAGUGUAAGGCCGUGUCUCGGGAGCUGAACUUUUCUUCCGCAGAGCAGAUGGAGAAAUUCCGCUUGGAACAAAAAGUGUAUUUCAAAGGGCAGUGCCUAGAAGAGUGGUUCUUCGAAUUCGGCUUCGUGAUUCCUAACUCCACAAACACCUGGCAGUCCUUGAUAGAAGCAGCGCCGGAGUCCCAGAUGAUGCCGGCCAACGUCCUAACUGGGAACGUGAUCAUAGAGACCAAGUUCUUCGAUGACGACCUCCUCGUCAGCACGUCCAGAGUGAGACUUUUCUACGUCUGAGAAGAGUGUGUGUGUAUUUCCAGGAUGGGGGUUGGGGGUUGGGGUUUGGGGGGGGGGAGGGAAGGGAGCUGUUUUACUUUCCUCCACACCCCCUUUCUUGGCACCGGCACCACCACUUAAAGCGCCUGCUCCCCCCGACCACCAGCUGUGUGCAGGCAGCGGCCGCCGGGUGGCCUUUUCCUCCCUGGCGAGCAGCCCCAACUCCCCGGCCCGGAGCAGGACACGGGGGGAGCCGAGGCCCCCGUCCAGUUGUCAAUACAGUUGGACGAACAGUGGCCAGGAAGCCGCCUUGCCAGUGCCACCCGGCUGCCCUCGCCCCGCCCAGGCCCGCUGGCUCCACUCUCCUGGCCCCGGGAUAGAGUUCAUUUUCCAACCCCACGUUUAGUUUCGCUGUUUCCUAUGUCUUCAUACACUUGUAAAAUAGACUGUGCUAUUAUUACGUAAUGUAAUUAAAACCAAUUUAUGAAUUAAAACAUUCCUCUAGUCCUCA